UAAGAAUGGGGAUGUGUGGAUAUAAUUUCUUACAUAUGGCUGCUCCUUUAACUCUACAAAACAAACAUCUAUCUAUCACUUCCUCAUUGAACCAUGGAGAUUAAGAUUCAAUCCAUUCAGUUCAUAAAACCAUCAAAACCAACCCCGGAAAAUCUACGCCACUUCAAGCUAUCAUUGCUGGAUCAACUAGCUCCAUGUUCAUACAUAAAUCCGAUCUUCUACUAUAGCACCAGUGGUGAAGUUGAAAACUCAGCUAGAUGUGGUCAGUUGGCCAACUCUUUAUCAGAGGUCCUAAAUUUGUACUACCCACUAGCUGGCAGAGUCACAGAAGAUGGUCUGGAAGUAGAUUGUAAUGAUCAAGGGGUCAAGUAUUUGGUGACUCGUGUGAGCACAAGCCUGGAUGAUUUUCUCAAACAAGGUCCCAGGAUUGACCACAUGAGACAACUCAUAGCUGCAAGGGAUCAAGACACAACUUGGUUGGUUACGGUACAAGUCAACGUCUUUGUUUGUGGUGCACUUGCUAUUGGUGUGAUUGCUUCACAUAAACUCACUGACGGAUGCAAUCUAGUCAGGUUUAUUAACCAGUGGGCGAGAAUGAACCACGCAUGUGGCGGCGAUGGUGCCUUUGCACCUACUUAUGAUAAACUAGAUCAUCUGUUCCCACCGGUGACAAAUUCAUCACCUGGGCACUCAUCCGAUCCGGUUGACCAAGAAGCUAUUGUCGUCACAAAGAGGUUUCUGUUUAAUGGGACUUCAAUAUCAAAGCUAAGAGCAAAAGCUGGUUCAGCAAAAGGAGAACACACUCGGGUGACAUUGGUGGCUUCGUUAUUAUGGAAGGCUCUGAUAGCCAUGGAUCGAGUCAAAAGUGGGAGUUUCAGGGAUUGUUUGUUGACGGUUGCAAUGAAUUUGAGAGGUAAGGCAAGCUCACCAGUAUCGAAAAGCACGUUUGGGAACGUAUGGGCUCCUUAUCCAAUUCGGUUUUUGCAAAACGAAACUGAACCUGAGUUUGGUGAUCUUGUGGCUUUGAUAGAAGACACAACAAGAAAUGUUAUCAAGUGGGUUCAAAAAGCAAGUGGUGAGGAGCUAUGCAGACAUGCAAAGGCAGGUUAUGCUUUGGUUGAUGAAGAACUGAAGCAAAACAAGUUUUGCAUUUUUACAAGUUGGUGUCGGUUUCCGAUUUACGAGGUUGAUUUUGGUUGGGGUAAGCCUUGCUGGGUAACUGAAGCUGGAAGUGCACUUGAGAUGGUGAGUUUAAUGGAUGACAAAGAUGGUGAUGGAAUUGAAGCAUGGGUUAGUUUGAACCAGAAAGAAAUGUAUGUGUUCGAACGCGAUCAUGACAUUUUAGAUUUCACCUCCUAAAUAAGUGCUUUAAGAACAUUCAAAUCCCUUCCCUCGUAUUAUGUGAAGGGAGGUUUUUACUUUAUGAAAAGUUGUCGUAGGUGAUUGUAACUUGUAAAUGGUUGUGAGUAGAGAGGAAAGAUAAUGUUAUUUUUCAUCUGUAAAUUUGAGGGGACACUAUUCACCCUUUAUAAUUUUUUUAAUAUAUUUUCAAAGUGGUUA